AUGGAAGUUCAAGAUCUGAGUCCUGCACAAUGUGUGCUACUUACAGUUCAUCUCGCCUCCGAAUCAAACAUCAAAGCCCUACACUCCUUCACGCCUACACGAUCUGACGCCCUCGACCCCGAACUUGUCCUACGAAUCCUCCUCACAUACCUUCCUGAAGCUGUCGAUCCGAGCGAGUACUCCGACUACGUUGGCGAGGUCUGUUCACGACUGUACCUCAACGUCGACCGUGAAGAUGUGCCAGUGAACACAGCUCCUGUCAAAGACCUCUCGGAAGAACAAGCACAGAAACGCGUCCGGAAGCUACGUUUACUCAAGAUCGAGCCGCCCAAGUUCCCGCCUCAUGCGCCCAGAGACCUACUCACAUGGUUUUUGUGUCAUCGAGCGUACAGGAUAGACUCGGAGACUGGCUUGCUAAACCUCGUUCCCGCCUUGAUCGAGCCAUUCCUCGGCCGCAAUGAUUUCAUUCGCACGUGGUACAUCGCAGUUGUGCUGCCGCUACUUCGACUGGAGAUCGAGUACUAUCCUGAGGAUCCAUCCAUGGUGCUACCGUUGAAUGAAUUCGAAGAGUUGUCGGGCAGGAAAGGCAUUGACUUUCUUAUGAAAAAGGCAGCGGAGCCAGAGAAGGAGCAAGUGGAGGAUGAAUCGCAGAGCAGAAUAAGUCGGGACAUCAAGAGCUUGGUUGGGCCGUGGAUGUAUGGACAUACACACCGAAAACGUCGUAAACUUGAUCGUAAGAAUGAACAAGCACCCUCUCAGCCAGUCGAGGAAGGUCUCUCCAACGGCACCGGACACGAUUGGGAGCAAAUGUACCGCUGGAUGGUUCAGAAGUCAGUAGAUGAGUUUGGGCUGGUUGCGAGCGCUGUUGAGAACUGGGACGGUCCUAGUGAUGUCGAUUUGGGCGGCUACGAUCAAAAGGGAAUAUCCUACUUGGAUGAGGACUUGCAGCGGAAGCUCGAAUUACAGUAUGCGCAGGCGGCUUUUGCAAGCUGCUAUGCUGCGCAGACGAACGACGAGGAGACGGUCCGCAGCUCACACAACGUUCUCGCCAGAUUGGCUGAGCUGCUAGACUUCAAGCCGCCUCCAGAUCUCGCGACUAGCGUCGACUCGCUGCCGCAGAUUGAGCGGCAUGCCACGAAAAUCGAACAGUCGGAGUCGGUGGCGGACCUCUUUCCAGAUGCUCUGCUACGUUCAGAACAUCCUCUGACUACACCGAGAGUGGAGACCUACAUGCUGCUUCAGAUGAUGGUGUAUAGCGCAUACCAAUUUUCUGGACUGGGUCAUCCGAUCUCGCUUGUAAACGUCGCAAAGCUACACUUCUAUGCUGAUGCGGCCGAGCAAAUGGAGGUGCUACGAAAGAUGCUACGCUCAGCUUCCAAGAGCGGUGCUCGGAAAGACCCUUCGCAAUGGGAGUCUGAUCAUGCGAAGCUGCUUUGGCUUUGGAAUUGGGGUAUCAAGCCCGGCCCAAAUGAGCCCGAAGAGAAAGAGGGAGCUGGAGUCCUGGGCAAAAUUCAGAAGGACGAUUUUGAGGAUGAGAUGUUGCGAGCCUUUGUGGAAACAAGCUGUUACCAAUUCGCAAUCGAUUCGUACGUCGCCGCAAAGCCAGAGGGCUCCGAAGCCCGUUCGCGAGUCGAGGGCGUAAUACUGGAGAAGGCGAUGGAAGCAUACGACAGUGCGAGCAACGGUAAUAAGACGAGAGGCGGCAUGAAAAGGGCGAACGAUAUCCUCCUUGCCUUUCGACAGCAGUUCUCCAAGAGUGCACGUUUCCAACAAGCCAGUGCACUCAUAGCUGCUACACAUUCAUUGUCAUUUUACUCUCUGAAACUGCAGCACGGGGUUCCCUUCCAGCCCGUCAGUAUACGUGUCAGCAAGGAUCCGCUGUCUCUCAUCAGCAAGCUUCUUGAACAAAAUUCGAGGAGCUACACAAAGCUGGACGAUCUUGUCGAUAUUGGCCGAAACUUGGUCUCUGCUGGGCUUGUCUCGGAUGAGGACGACGACGGCGCAAAUCGAGAAGUCACAAACGCGGGAGAUUUAUCCCGGAGAAGGAAAGAUGCCGAAAGGCGAGUCACAUUCAUGGCGAUCGAGGCUGCACUGAGAGAAGACGACUUCGAGACAGCCUACUCUUACAUCGUCAACAAGCUCUCGCCGUCGGGAGCGGACAUUGAGGCACCCAAUGCUUCAAAACAGCCGUCCCGCAAAGGCCAUGCAAGACUCUCAAGCCGAGCGAGGAACGACACCGAAGACGACAUCUCCUGGCGCGCGGCCUUCCUCGCAGGACGAUAUCGACCAUCAACAAGCACACCACCCACACUCCGCCGCCUCGAGCAACGAACAGAACUCCUCUCUCUCGCCCUCCUUUUAGCACCCGCAUCCGCUCUCACCGAAAUCCUCGCAGCCUGGCGCCGCUGCGAAGAAGAAACUACAUCCUUACACCUGGCUCAGCAGCAAGCAGAGAAAGACUUUGACGACCGUGCCGACAAACGCCUCAGCGCGAACGACUACAGUGCACUCCCUGGCAACUUCACGUACCAUGACCAGCAACCCGACCUCGUCCUCAAUCAGACACGCCGCGAAGUCCGUCCGCGAGGCGACGACGAUGCGCCGCUCAGUAUGUUCGACUUGACGCGCAACGCAGCAAAGGCGCUCAGCAAGAAUGCGUUCCCGCUGGGUGAGGCGGCGGCGAGGUCUUCAGGCGAGCAUAAUCGGGCGAUGGACAGUGAUGAUGGACAGGGCAGCGAUGCUCAGGGGCAGCAUGUGAGGAAGCGAGAUAUGGUCGCAAACGCGGCGAGUGGUGCACUGGCGAGUGGGCUGGGCUGGGUGUUAGGUGCUUCGCCUGCCCCCGCACCUGAGAGAUGA